CAUGGUAACGCCCUCCGUGGGUGAGAGAGUGUCCAGUGUAAUUCAGCUGCAUCCUUCAAAAGUGUCUGAUUGCCAGGGACGAUCGACUCUAAUAAAUGCAGCUGAGUGAGCUAGAGCCUAGGAAGCUGAAGCCUGAAGGAACCGGGCCGGGGACUGAGUGCAGAAAUACUGGAUUUUAGGCAUGCACGUUUAAAUGCCAACUGAUGAUACUGUACAGUCGUGGACAUAUUUUAUCAACUCGGAGCAUAGAGUUUUUCAGAGCCUGCAAUAUUCAUUUCUUCUUGCAUACACUGAAGUGAAGAAACUUUGAAGAUCUUGACAAUUUGAUUCUACAAGUAUUUUGUCUACAUAGCUACACAUCUUCCAAGUUCAAAACUACAUUAUCAGCAUACGGUAGUGUGAUCUGAUUCAUCAUCUUUAAUAAAAGGCUAUCCAUCGGAGAAUGCAAAGAUGUUUGCUUCAAUGGAUUUCUGGCAAACCUUCCUUUCACCUUCAUCCCACAACAAGAACAACAAGAAGUCUUCAUCUCCAAGGUCGAUGAGAAAGAAGAAGAAGAAAGAGAAUAACCUUCCCAGACAAAUGGAACAGGCCAAACAGGGCAAAGGUCAUACUUGGUUCAACCACAAGAGGUCAAAUCCCUCCCAAUCAUCAUCUAAAUCUUCUGGGACAGGAGGGAGCAGUAGUGGUUGCCAUGGUUACGCAAGAAUUCCGAACAACGUAGACCGCAAUCUCUGGGAGGUAUUCAAUGAUGAGCUUGAUCAGGUGACACGAUGGCUGAAAGAAGCUGUUGAGUUUACAGAAUGCUGGCAGGCACCAUCCCACAGUAUCCCUAGCAUCAGGGUACAACUAGAGAGACAUCUGGCAUUUUCCCUUGAAGUACAAACCCACCAGAACCAGACAGAGCGAGUAGUGUUCCAGGGCCAGGACAUCAUAGAGCAGUCUCCCAGCGUGUCAUCCAGUCUCAGUCCAAGAUUGGAAACAAUGGUCGCUGAUUGGAACCUCCUGGAGAGAAGCCUAGAUAUCCAGGCCAAGCAGAUAAAAGAAGCUCUGGCUGUGGUGGAGGCUACCAUCAAUACAGGUCUCAAAGGGAGUUGUAAUGAGCUCCUUGUAGAGGAGACCAGAGAUGCUAUUGAUUUCAUGAGGAUUAAACUGAGACGGAAUCAAGGCAGAAGCUCACCAGUCAAUGUUUCCUUCUCACACUCAAACACAAGCAACUCAGAUACCACCAAACAAUCAGCACCACAAAGCAGCAGGUUUUCCCCAUCAUGUACCAGCAACAACUCAUCACUGAGUUCAACCCCUGAGUUUGAAGUACUCUACAAUGAGCUCUCCGAUUGGUUGAAUGACAUGCACCUGGCCGUUUCAGACAGCGCUGAUAUGCGUGUGUCUGAGCAUCACAAGCAGCACAUGUGCAAGGGCUAUGAGCAGGAGCUGCAGCUGAGGGAGGUUAGCAGGAGUAAGCUACAGAGGAAAGGGAUCCAGCUCAUGGCCUCUAAACCCAGGCUUACUGAUGAUGUAAGCAUCAAGCUAGAGUCUCUCAACCAGCAAUGGCAUGCAUUGCAGCAACACAUUGCACCGAGCCCACUCCUGGCACGCAAGGCUAAUAGUUCAAGGAGUUCAGCUACAUGUACGUUCGGCAGUGCAGAGCAAGCCAUGAGCAUGGCCUUGGAAGUUGAGGAUGUGAUUGGUCAACUCAAAGCUUGGUUAACUCAGAUUGAAGGUAGAUUGUUUGAGACAGACAGUGAUACUACAGAUCUCAACCAGCUGGAAACUAGACUCAGAUCUAUUCAGGGUCUGAAGGAUGAGAUAGAUCAUAACAGUCAGAGCAUUGAUGUGGUUCUGAAGCUGUGCAGUCUCCUCCAGGAUGAUGACUGGUAUCUCAGCACUCAUAAACGAGAGAGAGAAUCUCUUCAGCUGGGAGCCAUCAAUGUAGAGAGACGGUGGCAGAAUGUCAAGACUCACUCUGAAGAGAUGCUGGUUCAUGUCAAGGAAGCAGUGGAGACAACCAAGGUGAGUUUGGAUUGGAAUUAAACCUGUUUAGAAAUACCCACAAACAACAAAAUAACAACAACAAAUGAGAGAAAACAAGUAAUGGGCCUGUAUGGUAGUCUGUCUGUGCAGAUUAGGACUAUUUUCAUCAACUCCAGUUUGCCAAAUAACCCACUAUUUCAGACUCUGGAUAUUAUCCCGAAGGUCAAAAUUGCGUCUUCAACAGACCGAUACCCUCAUCACAAACUUGCUCUGACGGGCCCAAAUAUCCCGCUAUUUCCUAAAUUGCGGGAAACCAGACCAAGUUUUCUUGGGAUAUUUUCUUGAAAGAAUAUCCCGCUAACUGCAA